AUGGCCUCCUCGCGCUCGCAGUCCUGGCUGCCGUCCUUUUUCGCAAUUGUCACGAUUCUCACUCUAUCAACUCCGGCCCACUCCCUCUACUUCUACGUCCAGCCACGGCAGCAAAAAUGCUUCUUCGAAGAUAUGCCGCAAGGAACUUUAGUUGUUGGUAACUACAAAGCUGAAGUCUUCAAGAACGAAGUCAACGCCUACACCACGGACCCUGGCCUCACGCUUACAAUCACAGUCGAUGAAACAUUUGACAACGAUCACCGUGUUGUAUUCCAACGCGGAAGUGAUACUGGACGGUUCACAUUCUCCGCUGCAGAUGCAGGUCAACACAAACUCUGUUUCACCCCAGAUCCUGGUGCUACUCAAGGAUGGCUCUCAGCUUCCCCGGCCGUAAAAUUGACUCUCGACAUGGUCAUUGGAGAAACUAGCAAAAUCGAAAGCGAAGAUAAAUCCAAGAUGGAGGACAUGGCUCACAGAGUCAAGAAUCUUAAUAGCAGACUACAAGAUAUCCUGCCGAGAGCAGGUUUUCCAGCGGGUAUGUGA